UACACUUGUAUUUAUUCAAUUGAUAUAAUAUAAUAAUAUAUCAUAUAUUAUGAAUACCAUUAAUCCCAAUCAACUUGACAAUGGAACUUCUGGUGUUCCAGGAAAGAAAAACCAGAAAAAAAGUCUUCAACAAGAUAAUUCAAGUAUUAAUGUUGAGGAAAGUCAAGGACAAUUAAAUUCAGAACAAAAUGACCUUCAACAAAUAUCUCAAAGUAAGCCAAAUACAAAACAGCAGACUACACAGAUACAAGAUAAACCAAAGGAAGCAAAUCAAAAACAAAACCAGAAAGAGAAUCAACCUGCAGAGAUUAAACCAACUCAAAAACAAUCUGAAGGUAAUAUUACUUGUAUAGUUAUGUUUAAUUCAGAUAAUCAACAAAUUGAACAACAGAUAUCAAUAUUUAAGAGUAAAUUACUUAUUCCUAAAAGAAGAAAUCAUAACACUGGAGGUUCUAUGGGACGUGCAACUGAGAUUGAAGUGAAUCAUCUUCCUCUUAACCUUGACGAAUUGUACAAGAAAGUUGUUUACCACAUUGAUGUACAAUUCAAACCAAAUUUACCAAAAAAAUUGCUUAGAAAUGCUUUGGAAGAAUUUAAUUACAAAAAUUACCCAAAAAUUAAUUUUGCAUUUGAUGGACAAAGAAACAUGUAUACUACAAAAGAAAUAAAAGAGAAAACUGAUUUUGUUACGGUUUUAAAUGAAGAAAAUAACAGUGCUGUGGAAUUUAUUAUUGUCACCUCAGUUGUUAAUAUAAUUCCAAUGAAUAAAAUUAAGGAUUAUUUAAAAUCUGGAUCAUCCAUUUAUCCCUUAGGUGAAGCAUUUCAAGCAUUGGAUAUUAUUUUAAAAAACCGACCAUUUUCAUUAAGAUUCACUAAUGCCGGAAGAUCAUUUUUCCCAGUACCGCGUCAUACACCAGUUGACUUAGGUGAAGGAAUGGAAUUAUGGAAAGGAUUUUUUCAAACUCCUGUUAUGGGUUGGAAACCUUAUCUUAAUAUAGAUGUGGCACAUAAAGGAUUUGUUAAGCAUCAACCGUUAAUAACCUAUAUUAAAAGUGAAUUGCGUUGUGAUCUCAAUUCAGAAAUGGAUCGUAAGAAUAUCAAUAAAUUAUUAUGUUAUAUUAAAGGAUUAAAAGUUGAAUUUAUGAUUCCAAUGCAAACACAUACAAAACGUAUAUUUAAAGUAGUUGGUCUUCUUGAUAGUGCUUCUAAACAUAAAUUUGAGAUAGAGGAUCCUGUUAAAGGCAAUAAAAUACUUAAUGUAGUGCAAUACUACAAGAUUGCACGAAACUAUGUUAUCAAGUAUCCAAAUUUACCUUGUUUACAUGUUGGCAACAUUAAUAAGAAAAUUGCUAUUCCAAUUGAAUUGUGCAUUGUUCAAAAGGGACAAGUGUGUUUGAAAAAAUUUUCUGAAAUGCAAACUGGAGCUAUGGUGAAAAAUGCAGCUCGGCCUCCUGUAGAACGACGACAAGCUAUUGAAAAUUCUAUCAGAGAUAUUAAAUUCAACCAAGAUCCUGUAUUGAAAGAAUUUGGUAUUGAAGUUAAAGAAGAGUUUGCUUCAAUACCAGCUAGAGUUUUGGAUCAACCUUUCUUGGCAUAUGCUCAAAAUAGAGAAAUUAAACCAAAAGCUGGUAUUUGGAAAGCAGAAAAAUUUUCAAAACCUGUGCAUAUUAAAAAAUGGGUUGUAUUGAAUCUAGAACAAAAAAUUAAUAUUCCAUGCAUAAAAAACUUUGAAAAAAUAUUGAUGUUAAGUGGUAAAGACUUGAAUGUUUCUAUAAACCCGAUGGAUCCUGUGAUUAACAAUUUUUUGCCAAGAAAUAGUCGUUUAGAUGAUUUGAAGACCUCACUUCAGAACAUUUUUAAAAAACUAAAAGCUCAUAAUAUAGAAUUAAUUAUUGUUAUCAUUCCAGAUAUUCCUGCAGGAGUUUAUGCUAUUAUUAAACAAAAAUCAGAAUUGGAUGUUGGUAUUCUUACACAAUGCAUUAAAUCUAAUACUAUGUUUAAUAUGAACAAAGGAACAGCUUGCAAUAUUCUUAUGAAAAUAAAUUCAAAAUUGAAUGGAAUCAAUCAUACUCUUUCUGACAAAAACAGACCACCCUGCAUGGUUGGAGCAAUUAUUUUUGGAGCUGAUGUGACACACCCAUCUGAAGAACAGACUUCUGUUCCAUCAGUUGCUGCUGUGGCAGCCAGUCAUGAUGUUAAUGGAGUCCAAUAUAAUAUGGAAUGGCGCUUGCAACAUCCCAGAGUAGAAAUAAUUCAAGAUCUAGAAGAUAUUAUUCAUAAACAGUUGCUAAAAUUCAAAGAUAAAACAAAAACUGUGCCAAGGAAGAUAUUUUAUUUUAGAGAUGGUGUAAGCGAAUCUCAAUUUUUGCAGUUGUUGGAAUAUGAAUUGGUUGCUAUUCGUAGAGCUUGCCUUAGACUCAAUAUUCACUAUAAACCUUCAGUGACAUUUUUGAUCGUUCAAAAACGACAUCACACUAGAAUGUUUCCAAAGUACAGCUAUGACAUGGACGGAAAGUUUGCUAAUGUUCCUUCUGGCACAAUUGUGGACACUCAAAUUACACAUCCAACAGAAGUUGAUUUUUAUUUAUGUAGCCAUUCAAGCAUUCAAGGUACAUCCAGACCAACCAAAUAUCAUCUUAUAUGGGAUGAAAAUAAUAUGACUGAAGAUCAGUUAGAACAACUGACAUUCUACCUCUGUUUCACGUUUGUACGAUGUACUCGUUCUACUUCUUAUCCAGCACCUACAUACUAUGCCCAUUUGGCUGCAUUUAGAGCACGGUCUUAUAUUGAAAACAAAACCAUCAACAUCAAUCGUUUAGAUGACGAGCAAUUCAAAAAUAAGCUGAAUCAUUCAUUCUCAGUUGAAACACCGAUGUUUUUUAUUUAA